AUGACCCAUCAAAAGAUAGACAAUCAGCAGCAACAGCACAUGCAGCAACAGCAGCAGCAGCAGCAACAACAGCAGCAGCAGCAGCAGCAAGUAAUAUAUCCAACAUUUAUAUUAUCUAUUUCCUCUAUGCCUAUACACCGCAAGCUGCUAUGCGUGCUGCGCUCCCCCUUCAAGCAUAAAGACAGCAGAGAACAGUACGAGUUGCUGCAGCGUAAGGUCUUGGUGGAUAUACACCUGAGUACUAUGCUGCUGCAGUACCUUAAGGAUAAGCAGCAGCAGAUCAACAGCAGCAGCAACAGCAGCAGCAGCAGCAGCAGCAGCGGAGAAGAAGAAGGACACCCCUUAGAGUCUAUAAGAAGACUUCGUUCUCUUAUAAAACUUUUCCGUCGUAAUAUAUCUGCAUGCAUGCCGCAGCAGCUGAAGCAGCAGCAGCAGCAGAAUGAUUUGUUGCUGCAGCAGCAGCAGCAGCAACAGCAGCAGCAGCAAGAGAUGCAAGAUAUCCAUCGUUAUAAAGCUAUGGAGAUUGAGGUGUAUAGGGAGCUACAGCAAUUAGUUAUACCAGAUAUAUCUUCUUUUGCCUCUCCCUCUCUUCUACAGCAGCAGCAGCAGCAGCAGCAGCAACAGCAGCAGCAUUUACUACUCCUACAGCAGCAGCAGCAGCAACAACAACAAGAAGAAAUACAUAAAAAACAAUUAUCUACUUUUUUAAGUAUUUGUUUACCAGAUAGAGUAGAUGCAAGAGCACACUUUGAGGUGGAAGAUUAA